ACUGUGUUCCAGUGGAAAGCUCCUCUGUUUGGGCUACCCAGGAUUUAUGACUGUGUGUGCUCACUCGUGUCCAGCUCUUUGCAACCCUGUGGACUGUGUAGCCCAUCAGGCUCCUCUAUCCAUGGGAUUUUUCCAGGCAAGAAUACUGGAGUGGAUUGCCAUUUCCUCCUCCAAGGGGAUCUUCCUGGCCCAGGGAUGGAACCCAGUCUCCCUUGUCUCCUACAUUAUCAGGCAAAUUCUUUACCACACUGCGCCACUAGGGAAGCCCAUCCAGGAUUCAAAGGGGAGUUUAAAUCAUUCAAUAACUAUAGUUAACCCCUGUUUGGUUAAGAGAGCAAGUAAUUAUUGCCCCCCAAAAUCCUCUUUUCUGCCUUCCACAAACAGAACCAAAAUAGCUCUGAAGGUAUUAACACAAUACAUCAACAUCUGUGCUGUACCUGGAAUUGUUAAAAAUAAUAGUGAUGACAGGUGUCUAGGUACCACUUUCUUAAUCGUCUUCAAUAUCUAUUGAUUUAUUUUCAUGGCUUUCCCUCCCUCUUUUACAUCCUUGGCUUUAUGAAGGAGCCGAGGAACAGAUUUUGCACUAAAGGCUGAUUCUCUAUUCCAAUACUGAAAAGAACUAAUAAAAAUAAUCACUUGGCUUUUAAGCAGAAAGCUUCCAUUUACAGUAUUUCACCCUUCCCCCCCUUCUAAGCCCCUUGUUAUCUAACAUAAUGGUUAGAAUACAUUUCCGUCUCUCCCCUUAAUAAUUUCAUGCAUUAACAUCCUCUUCACACACCACACACACACACACACACGCACGCACAGCAAAAGGAAAAAAAGAGGCAGCAGAAAUCCUAGCUGUACUUCUAGCCCUUUUAAAAAGUUUGCUCUGUAAAUUGGAAUGAGGUCAGAUUUGGAGCUUCUCAUUGCACGCGGAGAUUAUUAUUGCAUCGGGUUCCAAGCCAAUGGGAAGCCCGGGGGAGGGGCUUGGCACGAGGAAGCGUUGGUUACAGCGGCUGAUUGGCCGUGGCCAAGACUGGGAAAGGAUAAAGAGGCGCGAGGCGGAAUUGGGGUCCGCUCUAAGCUGCAGCAAGGGAAACCGUGUGUGAGAGGAAGAGGCCUGUUUCGCUCCGGGUCUCUAGUUCUUGCACGCUCUUUAAGAGUCUGCACUGGAGGAACUCUGCCAUUACCAGCUCCCUUCUUGCAGGAGGGAGGGGGAAACAUACAUUUAUUCAUGCCAGUCUGUUGCAUGAAGGCUUUCUGGCGUCCUACCUUGCAACAAAAUAGUUGCACAAACUCCUUAGUGCCGAUUCCGCCCACAGAGAGUCCUGGAGCCAGAGCCUUUUCUGCUUUGCAUUGUAAGAGAGGGACUAACUGAUAGAGACUAUGUCGCUUUCCUGAGCUUCUGAGAGCGCUCACGAACUGGAAUCAACUGCUUCAGGGGAAAGAAAAAAAAAAAAGACUUGCCUGGGAGGCGGCGAGAAACUUGCAUUGGAAGCUUCAGCAACCAGCAUUCGAGAAACUCCUCUCCACUUUAGCACCGUCUCCAGGACGCAGAGCCGAGAGACAGCGCAAACUGCGGCGCGGUGAGAGAGAAGAGGGAGAGAGAAGGAGAUUCUCCAGCCUGGGAACUAUAACUCCUCUGCAAGAGGCGGAGUGCUCCCGCCCCGCAUCUUUUUGGAGACUUUUCUCUCUUCGCCCACCUCCGCCCCGGCCAGGAGUUGAGCCGCCCGCUCGACCGCCGCGCACGUUCCCCGGCUCAGCGUGCGCUUGGUCCCGGGAGCCAGGAGGGCCCGGCGAUCGCGCCGCGGCCGCCGCGAGGGUGUGAGCGCGCGUGGGCGCCCGCCGAGCCGGGGCCAUGGUGCAGCAAACCAACAACGCCGAGAACACGGAAGCGCUGCUCGCCGGCGAGAGCUCGGACUCGGGCGCCGGCCUCGAGCUGGGCAUCGCCUCCUCCCCCACGCCCGGCUCCACCGCCUCCACGGGCGGCAAGGCCGACGACCCGAGCUGGUGCAAGACGCCGAGUGGGCACAUCAAGCGGCCCAUGAACGCCUUCAUGGUGUGGUCGCAGAUCGAGCGGCGCAAGAUCAUGGAGCAGUCGCCCGACAUGCACAACGCCGAGAUCUCCAAGCGGCUGGGCAAACGCUGGAAGCUGCUCAAAGACAGCGACAAGAUCCCUUUCAUUCGGGAGGCGGAGCGGCUGCGCCUCAAGCACAUGGCUGACUACCCCGACUACAAGUACCGGCCCAGGAAGAAGGUGAAGUCCGGCAACGCCAACUCCGGCUCCGCGGCCGCCGCCGCCUCCAAGCCCGGGGAGAAGGGCGACAAGGUCGGUGGCAGCGGCCACGGGGGCGGCGGCGGCGGGGGCGGCCACGCGGGGGGAGGAGGCGGCGGCGGCGCUGGCGGCGGCGGCGCCAACUCCAAACCCGCUCAGAAAAAGAGCUGCGGCUCCAAAGUGGCGGGCGGCGGGGUCGGCAAGCCGCACGCCAAGCUCAUCCUGGCAGGCGGCGGCGGGAAGGCGGCGGCGGCGGCGGCGGCGGCCUCCUCCUCCUCCUCCUCCUCGUCGUCGUCCUCGUUCGCCGCCGAGCAGGCGGGGGCCGCCGCCCUGUUGCCCCUGGGCGCCGCCGCCGCGGCCGCCGACCACCACUCGCUGUACAAGGCGCGGACUCCCGGCGCCUCGGCCUCGGCUUCCGCGGCGGCCUCGGCCUCGGCCGGCCUGGCGGCCCCGGGCAAACACCUGGCGGAGAAGAAGGUGAAGCGCGUCUACCUGUUCGGCGGCCUGGGCGCGUCGUCCUCGCCCGUCGGCGGCGUGGGCGCGGGCGCCGACCCCAGCGACCCCCUGGGCCUGUACGAGGAAGGGGGCGCCGGUUGCUCGCCCGACGGGCCGAGCCUCAGCGGCCGCAGCAGCACCGCCUCAUCGCCGGCCGCCGGCCGCUCGCCCGCCGACCACCGUAGCUACGCCAGCCUGCGCGCCGCCUCGCCCGCCCCGUCCAGCGCGCCCUCGCACGCGUCCUCGUCGGCCUCCUCCUCCUCCUCGUCGUCGUCGUCGUCCUCCUCCUCGUCCUCGGGUUCGUCGUCCUCUGACGACGAGUUCGAGGACGACCUGCUCGACCUGAACCCCAGCUCAAACUUUGAGAGCAUGUCCCUGGGCAGCUUCAGCUCGUCGUCGGCGCUGGACCGGGAUCUGGAUUUUAACUUCGAACCCGGCGCCGGCUCGCACUUCGAGUUCCCGGACUACUGCACGCCCGAGGUGAGCGAGAUGAUCUCGGGAGACUGGCUGGAGUCCAGCAUCUCCAACCUGGUCUUCACCUACUGAAGGGCGCGCGGGCUGGGAGAGAGAGGGACGGGGCGGGUGGUGGGGUGGGGGGAGGACCAGAGAGGAAAAUGAAAAAGGAGAAGAAAAAAAAAAAGCGGACAGAGAAAAGAGUUGCAAGAGAAAAGGGAAAACAAGAGGGGAAAAAAAAGAAAAAAGGAAAAUGAGGAGAAAAAAAAAAAAAAAGUGAGCAGGGCCGGCUUCGGCCGCGUCCAGGUGGUCCACGGCGUCUGGGGACCCGCGCUCCCAACCCCCAUCUCGCCGGCCGGAGGGACGCGGCGGAGGCGGAGGUAGACAGGGGCGACCUUUUAUUGUUGUUCUUGGUGGUGUUGAUGGCGAAAAAAAGCGACUUCGAGUUUCCUCCCCAUUGCUGGAAGAGACCCCCCCACCACCACUACCAGCCCUUCCAACGAGCUUCCGGACUUGUCUGCGCCCCCGGGGGCCAGAAGCCGAGUUGGUAGUUUGCUAGCGACUGGAGGAAUCGUCUAUUACUGUCUCAUCGCUCCCUCGGUGUUUUGGGGCUAUUUUACUUGGUUUUUUGUUUUUUUGAUCCGGAGGGGAGGGGGACUCCGGCAUGCCUCCGGAGGGGUUUUGUUCUCAGCAUCCCCGCCCCCAUCCUUCUCCCCCCCCCCCCACCCCGCCCCCCCAGAAGACCGAAGGCUCCGGGGCUUCGAAUUUGACCGACUGCACGUAUCGCGGGGAGAGGGGAGUCGCAAGGGCCCCAGCGCCAGGACUGAGAGACUCCACGCUGGCGAAUUCCCGUUUUGUUUUUGGAGGGCUUUUUUUUCCCCCCUCUCCCCCCCCCCUUUCUUUUUUUCUUUU